AUGAAGAGGGCUCUUCAAUCAAAGAAUAAAUUCAAGUUUGUAGAUGGAAGUAUCAAGAACCCAGGACCUUCACAUCAUCUUUAUGAUUCUUGGGUCAGACGUAAUACCACUGUUUUUGGGUGGAUUACAAGAACCUUGUCACAAGAAAUAGCUCAAAGCAUAGUCUAUUUUGAGAAUGCGCAAGAUUUAUGGGAAGAUCUCAAGGACAGAUUUUCCAAGGGUGACUAUUUUAGAAUCUCUGACCUUCUUCAAGAAAUCCAUUCCAUUAAGCAAGGUGAUAGAUCUGUGUCCGCAUACCACACUGAAUUGAAGACUCUAUGGGAGGAAUUGAAAGCCCUUAGAGAAGCACCUUCUUGCACAUGCAAUGUUAAAUGUAGUUGCAAAUUUGCCAACACUGCAAAAAGGAAUAAAGAAGUUGAAUAUGUUAUUUGCUUUCUCAAAGGUCUUAAUGACCAAUACAACACAGUAAGGAGUCAGAUUUUAAUGAUGGAACCCCUUCCUUCUAUAAGUAAGGCCUUUUCUCAUGCUCUCCAACAAGAAAGGCAAUUAAGCAAUCCAACCAUCCAAGAAUCAAGAGUUAUUGCAACCACCAAUGAUAUUGCUAACAAUUGGAAAGGAAAUUUUGCUGGAAGAGGUGGAGGAUUUGCUGGCAGAGGUAGAGGUAAAUCCUUUGGUCGAGGCAACACAUCCAAUUCCAACAAGUUCUUCAGUUUACUCAUCAACAACAACACAACACAGGUAAUCCUCUCCUACCCAGUGUUUGGAUUCUGGACACUGGGGCAGCUGAACAUAAAAUUUGAGAAAGCAGAGAUCCACAGCCAUAAUUGUGGAUUUGGAGCUCGAGCUGUGAAAAUCUGGGAAGGAAUUAGGAGGUCAGAAAGUUGCAGCUAUAGCCGUGGUUCUGCAGCUAUAGCUGUGGAAAUCUGGAAUGCACAUUUUUUGGGUCCAGAGACUUGGAGCUAA